CCUGUUGCUAACCAGUUAGAGACUCUUGCCUCUUAAUAUCAUAUUUAUUUGAAAAUGACAGUAUACUUUCAAAAUCAAAACUAGUAUCAAUAUUUGAUAUUUUUUCUGAUGAUUUGCUCUUAUACAAGCGGUAGAACCACUACAUGAGUGCACUCCUCGAUCAGUUAAUUACUUCUGUUCUGGCUAUGGACCCAGGCGUAAGUCUGUUUUCUGGGGAGCCGGAGCCGCUUCACAUUAAUGACAACUCCCAGAAUCAACGAGAAGAAGAGGAGGAAGCUUUAGAAGAUCAGAGACGUCGAGAUCAGGAGCUGAAGAAGCUUUUGACAGAUGCAUUCGAUGAUUUGAUGGACGAUGAAGAUGAUGACGAUCAAAGCACUGUGAGUAGCCUGCAACAAAACAGCUUUCGAGGUUAUUCUCUUUCUAAUACAGGUAGCUCAGGCUCAAACCACCAGUCACCCCAUUACGCAGGGCAUGAUAACCAUGGCCAGCAACAUUCGUCUGCUUCUCCAGCACAACCAGAGGCAUUUAAAAAUGGGACACACAGAAGUCCUAUUACCACUCAACCAUUAUAUGAUAAUAACAUGGAGAGCUUUGCAACCAACCAAGAUGUAUCACAAUUUGAAUCUGACUUAAUUAACAAGAAUUCCCAUAUUGGCUAUUCUAAUGGUGUUGCAAAUAUUAUGCAUUUGAAUUCUAAACAAAAUGCAGAUCAUUUUGGUUACUUGUCAUCAAUACCUCAGGCUGAUUUCACCACCAAUGAAAGCCUAUAUGCCAGCAAUGGGUAUGCUAGCAAUGGGCAUCCUACCAAUGGGCAUGUUAGCAAUGGACAUGUUAGUGACCUGCAUGCCCACAAUGGUUAUACUUUUAAUGGAAGUCAUCCCAAUGAAGAUAUAUAUCGUCAAACAGACCUGCACAGCCAAGAUCAGUUAAUGGUCUUGUAUGCCACUCGAAUGCAAGAGAUAUCCCAUUUAAAUAAAGAAUUAGAUUCUCUACGCUAUGAACGAGAUACUGAGGUUGAACAAUUGAAGAGAAAAUUACUCCUUGUUGAAGCUGAGAAACAGGGUGCAUUCUUAUCACACAAGGAGGCACAAAAUUUGUUGAGUGAUUAUCAAACACAGAUUUCACAACUACGCCAAGAUGUUGAGGAUCUUCGGCUAAAGAAUUUAGCUCUUGAAAAAUCUAGAGAGGAGAUAACAAGGGAAAGGGACGUUGCCAAAACCUCAGCUGCUGACCUCAUACAAAAAGUUUCUAUUCUUGAACGCAAUGGCAAAGGCUUAACAUCAGAAAAACAUAUUGAAUCAUUCUUAAAAACUUUACAACAGCAGCAUGAUACUAAAGUUAGAGAGCUUCAGACACAACUUGAAAGUUUGACACAUAAAUUUUCUCAAAAGGAUCAUGAAUGUUGCAUUUUAGAGCGUAAACUCAGAGAUGCUCAAAGAGCUCAAGAAGCUCUUAUCACUGAGAAAGGGAAAGUGGUGAAUGAGCUUAACAAGGAGCUGGAAGAUGCGCAAAAGAAAGUACUUGAGUACACAACCUCCGUGAAUAGUCAAGAGACUGCCCAAUUAAAAAUGGAACUAGAUCAAGUUAAAGCUGAGUGCAAGGCACUUGAACGCAAACUUUCUGAAACAUCUAGUAAGUUGGAAUCUGCUGAAAAAGAUCUCAGACAAUAUGAGGCUGUUUCUAAAAUGGGUCUCUUACACAAUGGAGAUUCAAGCUUUGACACCGAUUCAAUUACUAAUUUAGGAAUUAGCCGGAGACACAGCCUUGGAGGGCGAACUGAUACUAUGGACACAAAUCGAGACACUUCUAGAAAGUCAAAAUCUCAAAGAGAACGAGAUGAUCUAAACAUGCAACUCAGAGAUGAACUUCAAAGAGCCUUACAGGGUCAAAGGUCUAAAAGGGAAGAGAUAAGAAGACUUCAAGGAGAACUUGCCCAACGUGAUCAAAAGAUUAAAACCAUGAAGGAGCAAGAAAAGGUUUACUAUGAGGAAUCUAAAAAUUUCAAGAAAAACCUAACUGCUGUCUUAGACCGGCUGAAACGGCAGGAAGAUGAAGCUAAAGCCCUCCGAGGUAAAAGUGAUGAAGCUGGUGAUCUUCAGAGCCAGAUAUUCAAACUCAAAAAAGAAAAGGAAGCUGUUGACAGAGAUUUAAAAGAUUGCAGAGUUAAGCUGGAACGUAUGAAAUCUGAAAAUGAUAGUCUUCGAGAAGAACUGGCUGAUAUGGAGUUAGAACUUGAACAAGCCAAAGUAAGACAAGUUGAUCAAACUGCUGCUGAAUUCCUAGCAUUCCAUGAUGAAUCUCUUGCACGCUUACGUCAGGAUAGCAGCCGCCAACUGGAAGCUCAAGUAGUUGAUUAUAGAGUUCGUAUGGAGCAGGCACAGAAAGAGUGUGAAGAAAUCAAAAGACUUUACAUUGAGGUGUGCUCAGCAAAAAGAGCUUUGCUGACUGGACUUCAAGAGGAGCAAGCUCAAGUUAAAAAACUCACAUCAGAUAUAGACGAUAUGAAGGAAUCGCAGCAAUCUCUUGAGGAAUUACAUAGACAAGAGCGAGAUUUAAACAGACGCUUGCGUGAUGAAUUAGAAAAAGAGAAGUCUAGCAUCUCUACAUUGAAGGAUGAAAGAGAAAGGCAAUUAGAAGAACUUGUUAAUCAAAGACUUGCUAAUCUUCGCAAGGAGCAUGAAAGCAAUUUGCAUGAAAUGCAGAAAGCAAAAACUGAAGCUGUUUUGCAAAGUGAGAUAUUACAAAAACGUGUUGAUACCUUGGAAAAGGACAGUCAAAAGUUACAAGAGCUGGAAACUGAAUGUAUUGAACUACGAAAGCAGGCAAUUGAAGCUCCUAAAAGACAGCAGGCUGAAGUUGAACGCAUUAGUAGAGAACUUAAACAGUCAAGAGAAAGAGUGAUUCAAUUGGAGAAAAGCCUUCGUACUGAGUUUCAAUCUCAAAUGGGUGCUAUGGUUGCAGAAAGAGAUUCGAUUCAAGCUCAAUUAAAGCAAAAGGAUGCACAGCUGGAAGAAUACUUGCAAGCUCUCAGUAGAAUCCGCCCAUCUACUAGGGAAAUAGGUGUAAACACAGAAAAUGCAAGUACUCUGGAAGCCCUCCGAAAACAGUUUGAUGAGAGGAUAUCAGAACUUAGUACUCAAUUCAAAGCAAAUGAGGAGCAGAGAAUCAUGGCAUUGCGUGCUGAACACAAGGUCGAUUUGGCAUCAGCAGAAGAACAUGUGAAGGAAGAAACAGUGAAAUACUUUGCCGAAGAGAUAUCUAAAAUGGAGGACAAACAUCGGUCUGAACUAGGCAGUUUUGCUAAAAGAUUAGUUGACAUGGAAUCCACAUUUUCAAAACACCUUUCAGCAUUGAAAAAUGCUUUGCUACAAAAGUCUCAAGAGGUAGAUGAUCUGAACAAGAAGCUCCAAAAGAUGCCAGAAAGAGGAAUUUCUCUCAACGGAAACAAAGGGCCAGAGGAUUCUGUUCAACUGCGAUUACAUGUAGAACAACUUAAAGAGCAAAUUGAAAGUGAUAGAAACAAUAUGACUGAGGCUCUGUCUCGCUGGGCAAAUGAGGUAAAAGAAUUACAAAGUAGAGAAUCUCUGCUUGAAAAUAAAAUUGAAGAGUUGAAGUCAAAAUACAAACAUGCAAGGAAAGCUGCGGUACAUUACAAGAAACAAUCAGAAGAAAAGGAAAAGCAUCUGAAUAAUGAGUUGACCCGUCUUCAAGCUGCCUACAGCAGUAUUCUUGGCCAAGUUCAGGAUAGGUUUGCUGGUAUUGUUAGUGGAAAGGAACAGGAGGUUGUUGAACAGCUUAAACGUAUUGAGACUUAUUAUGAAGGACAGAUAAAAGAUUUAGAAUGUAAACUAAAGAAUGGUGCCACAUUAUCUUGAUGAAAUUCUGGAAGGAAUCUAUUUUAAUUUUCUGUUGGACUUUUUCCUUAUGAAUUGAUAACAUUUUAACUUUUAUUCUACUGUAUAGAUUAAUGAUUGUGUUGUCUCUCUGACACACUUCAAGUACUAGAGAAACUGAUAUUAUUUAUUAUUGGACUGUGCUCAAUUUACUAGUGGUUGUGUUUUAUCUGGACAUAUUGUUCCAUUUGAAUUAGCAGCCACCGUGUCGGUGCCAAAUUUAGUUACCCUUAUUAAUUACUUAUUUUUUGGUACUUUGGAACCUUUUGCAAGGAAGGAAUUCUGUAACUUGCCAAAUAUUCCUUGCAGGAGGUACCAAAGAACCAAAUAUGUAGAUUUAGUAUUCAUAACAUAUUUUUUUAAAUGAAUAGUGAUCAGAUGUUAAGUCGAUUUUGUAGUGCAAGAUUUCUAUUGGUUUUAUGUAAUCUCAGUAUUCAUUAAUGUUUUAUGGAUGCACUACCUAUUGCGACCUCAUGUUUGGUGUGUACAUCUUAAUAAAUUAAUUGAUAUAACAUCAAA